AAAGAAUUUGAGGUAACACACCCUCUUCCGGCCAACUCAUCUGAACUCUGCUGUUAGUUCAAAUGUGUCACUUUUUGCCAACCAGUCAAGUAAAUUGCUUCACUUUAAAAUAGACUUUAGUUCAAGCGUGAAGACAACAGCAAACAUGGUGUUGCAGACGAUGAUUGUUCGUGUCGCCGACAGUCUGCCACUUGCUGCAUCUAUGCAAGAAGACGAACAGUCUGGCCGAGACUUACAGAAGUAUCAGAGUCAAGCCAAGCAGCUUUGCCGAAAACUCAACGAACAGAGUCCUACACGCUGCACUUUAGAGGCCGGUGCCAUGAGCUUCCACUAUGUCAUUGAGAAAGGAGUAUGUUACUUGGCUUUAUGUGAAGCAGCUUUCCCCAAGAAACUAGUGUUUGGCUAUCUGGAGGAGCUGGAGAGAGAAUUCAGUGAGCAAUAUGGGGCAAAGGUCCUGUCAGUGUCACGGCCGUACUUUUUUAUCGAAUUCGACACAUACAUUCAGAAAACCAAGAAGUUAUACGUCGACGGCAGAGCACGAAGAAAUCUGGGCAGCGUCAAUUCAGAGUUACACGAUGUCCAGAGGAUCAUGGUCGCUAAUAUAGAGGAAGUGCUUCAGCGUGGAGAAGCCUUAUCUGCCUUGGAUUCCAAAGCUAGUAACCUGUCCAGCCUGUCUAAGAAGUACCGCAGUGAUGCCAAAUAUCUCAACACACGCUCCACCUAUGCUAAAGUGGCCGCCGGCGCUGUCAUUUUCAUCACACUCAUCGUGUAUGUGCGCUUCUGGUGGCUGUGAGCAUGCAUGACAAAUUCACGCAGAGAUUCUCAGGGCCUCACUCAUAAAAAUGUUUUGGACACCAAAGAGUCUGUUCCGGCCUUAAAGUUGUUUCUGUUUGAGACACUGAAUGUAGCUUUUGUCAAGGUACAGUUGUACCUUGCUUUAUUUAUAAUCAGUGGAAGGUGUUAAAGAUGUACUUGUUGCCUUGUAUGUCUUCAGUAUGUUCAUAACAGAGCUAUGCAAAGUAUAUGUGGUGUUCAUAGGCGUUUAUCUGAGCCUGGUGGUGAAACAAUUCAGCAUUUUGUUGGGAACAUAUUUUAAGUGCCCACUGUGUCAAAUAUUUUUAAUAAGUGAUUCAUUUGUAAAAUGUGAAGGUGGUUUCCUAAGAACACCAGAGUAAAUGUAGACAAAAGAAUGGUAAUGGUUUAUUGUUUACAAAUAAUUCGAGCAAAAUAGUCACACUUAAAUGCAUUCGUUCACGUUUCAAAGAUGAUAAAUGGAGACUGAUGUCUGACAGGGUAUUAAUAUAUACAUUUGUUU